AUGGCUGAUACACCGAAGUUAUCUUCUAAUACACAAGAAAAUAUUAUGGUGCUGACAAAUGGUGAGAGAGGCAAACAUCAACAAUUACUACAAAAGAAUGAUAAAGAAUGUGACGAACUAUUAGAAAUUAAGCAAAUCGAAUUUGAACAACGUUUGAUUAUUCAACGAAUGGUUCAUUUGGAAGUAGAAAAAGAACGAUUAAAAAAUUUAUUGAACGCAUUAAAAUCUUUAGGUUCAGACGAUGAUGAUGAUGAUGAUCAAUGUGUGCAAACAAAUUAA